CAGCCCAACAUUGCUCCCAUGGACAGAAAGGCAGGGAGAGAGAGAGAGAGAGAGAGUGCGUGUUGGGUUGUGUUGUGAGUGCAUAAAUAAAUAAAUAAAAACAAGUGUUUCAACAUUCAAAUUGGCAUCAUUAAGAUCUGUGUUAACCACUAAAAUCUCUGAAGCAGAGGGCAUUGUCUACUGUCACAGGCAUGGGUGAAGAAAAGAAAGACGAAGGAAACAAAGAAGAAGCCAAAGAGGAAAAGAAGGAAGAAGAGAAGAAAGAGGAGCCACCACCGGAAAUAGUGCUCAAAGUUGAUAUGCAUUGUGAGGCCUGUGCAAGGAAAGUUGCAAAAGCAUUGAAAGGAUUCCAAGGAGUGGAAGAGGUGAGUGCGGAUAGCAGGACAAGCAAAGUGGUAGUGAAAGGAAAGGCAGCAGACCCCAUAAAGGUGUGUGAGAGGCUACAAAAGAAAAGUGGUAAGAAAGUGGAGCUGAUUUCACCCUUGCCAAAACCUCCAGAGGAGAAAGAAGAACCACCCAAAGAAGAACCACCAAAAGAGGAGAAAAAAUAUGAGCCUCCUCCUGUGGUAACAGUUGUCCUAAAAGUUCGAAUGCAUUGUGAAGCAUGUGCUCAAGUUAUACAGAAGCGAAUCCGCAAGAUUAAAGGAGUAGAAUCAGUGGAAACAGACUUGGCAAAUGAUCAAGUUAUAGUAAAAGGUGUGGUCGACCCUGCCAAGCUUGUUGAUCAUGUAUAUAAGAGGACCAAAAAGCAAGCCUCUAUUGUGAAGGACGGAGAAAAGAAGGAAGAAGAAAAGAAAGAAGAGGAGAAAAAGGAAGAGAAAGAAGAAGAGAAAAGAGGUGAAGAAGAAAACAAGGGAGGAGAAGAUAACAAAACUGAAAUCAAACGAAGUGAAUACUGGCCAUCCAAAAACUACAUCGACUAUGCUUAUGACCCCGAGAUUUUCAGCGACGAGAACCCAAAUGCCUGCUCUGUUAUGUAAACCAGCAAGUAAUUCCGUAUUUCAGUUGGAACAGUAAUUAGCUGAAGUAGUUUUCUUUUCAAUGUUUUUCUAAGAAUAUGUACCAGUGUGAGUAUGUUAAGGGUAUAUUGGUUCCUUUACAUAGCGUCCCUCAAAGUUAGAUGUCUUAUUUCUUGUGCUUUUGAGGUUUCAAGUAGUAUAUUCGUUGCCAUAUCAGUUUGUGUAAGUGUUAACAUGCUUCAGUGAAUUUUGGCCUAAAAUCUCUUUGCCCAUGAAUGUUGACGUUGAAAAUUGCAUGCAAUGGUCUCUCUUUAAGAA